AGAUCUAACAAGAUAUAAUUUAACAUCUCUACACACUUAGUAAGUUUUCUUUGACGUUGAUAAUAACGGUGUAAACGAAAGUAUGUGAGUGCCUCUUUAACUGACUUGGACUGGACUGUUCCACUGUUCCAGAAGGGAGACGUCACACGCUGUUAAUACAGGGUUUCAGAGCAAAAUAGCAUCAUUGGCAAAGUCACUACUUUAUUCGACAUUUCAUUAAACGAUAAGUGAAAUACUUACAGGCGUUUACGUACUCCAGAGAUCACCUUUGCAUCGUAAUUUUUAUAGUGAAACCACCACGCACAGAGAUAAUGGUUUAACCUGCUCACCUGCAGCUUUUUGGAUUUAAGCUUCAUUUUAUACAGUCUAUGAUCUAAGCAAAGCAAGCUUAGCAACAACAUGGCUAACGGUGCAGUCCUGUGUCUCCUUUUUGUGUCGGGGUUCUGUCAGAAAGGUCUAGCAGCUGUGAUAGAGACUCAGCAGACUGUGAUGGCAGCAGUGGGAGAAGAGGCUCUUUUAAACUGUCAGCUGAUGCAACCUAAAGAUGUUCGUCAAGUGUCAUGGCAGAAAGUUUUACCUGAGGGGGAGCAGAAUCUUGCAUCUUACAACAAAUACAUUGGUCAGAAAGUGAAUGAUGGUUUUCGGGAUAAGGUGGAGUUUAAAGAUGCUGGACUGCAGAACUGUUCCAUAGUUAUCAGGAGGGUGACGGAGGAAGAUGAAGGAUGCUAUCAGUGCCUGUAUAGCACCUUCCCUGAUGGAGCUUUCAUAGCUAGAACAUGCCUCCAACUCUAUGAGCUGCAUGAACCCGUUCUACAUGUCAGAGAAUCAAACUCUCCUGAAGAGGCAGUUGUGUCCUGCUCGGCCACAGGUCGACCUGCUCCCACAGUAACACUGACUGUCCCUCACUACAACUCUACCAGUGUCACCAACACCAACGCUACAGUCACUGUCACCGCUACAGCCGUGCUACCUCGUCUCCAUGGCAACAGCACACAGGUUGGAUGUGCAGUGCGAGUGCUCUCUGGUCCUCAGAUAGAGAUGUUUACCAUGAUUCCUGAGGUCACACUGUCGUCUGCUGAUGGUGAGAAACACUUCCAAAGAUCCAAUGAGGAAUCUGCGUCUGACAAAGAUGUCACUUUGAUCAUUGUGUUGGUCGUGGUCAUGUCCUUUGUUUGUGUUGCUAUCAUUAUUGCCAGCCUGCUUAUUCAAAAACAUCGCAACUGUGUGUCACACAGAGACUCUGAGAAGAACAAGACACCACAAAAAACAACCAAAGACACUGAAGAGCCCAGAACACCUUUACUGAGUCAAGAGAACGAGGUACGGCAACGGAUGUCCACUGGGAAAAAGGAAGAAAAUGUCUCCCUAAAAGAAUCAUCUCUGAAAGCAGGGUGUCAGCGACAGCUGAGUCAGCAGUUCACUGACACACAAUGACCCCUAAGAGUGUAGUGCCUGAAUGAAGACAAUUGGACAAAGGUGCCUCAAAGCCUAAACUCGUGUAUAAGAUGAAUGUUUGCGUACAACACAGAGAACAUGUCUGUCCCAGUUAAAAGAUAAUGGCCCUCAUUUAUCAGUCUUACAAACCAGCGCAAAUCCAAGGACAGAAAUCAUCUUAUGAUAGGGUUUGCUUGUAAUUCAAGAAACGUUCUUAUCUCGCCAAUCACAGCAUAGGAAUGAUCAGGUGUUGACAUGGCAGCUAAAAACAAUCGCCAAAAGAAAAUCAUCACUCCAGUCAGCAACUCAAUGGACAACUGAACUCGAUGUGGGAAUAUUUAAUUCAUACAUCCAUUAUAUUUCAGUCUUCAUAUAUAUGUUAAUAUGAAAUAUGAAGUGACAAACACCGCACUGGAUAUAGUCCAAUAACAAUUUUCCUCAGUUAGAUCUACUAAAACUGCGUACAGGAAUAGAGACUUGAUGUGAGAUCUGACCGAGGCUUCCACCUGUCUGUAAGCUACUUAAAUUUACACGACCAUUAGAAGCAUAUCUACUGUAGUAACGGCUCUUAUGUAAAAAGGUACUGGGUUACCCUAAUUUCCCUUGGGCAUUAUAAUCUUGUGUAUCAAUCUAUCUAUCCACCCACAUCAACAUUUAUGAAUGCUGAAUUUAGGGUGUAAAUUUCUGUACGCUUAGUUUUCUGUUGUACAUUUGUUUCAUAAAUGAGGUCCAAUGAUUCUAUGCAAGUCAAGAACAGCCAUGCUUGCAAUUAUUACUUUUGCUACAACUUCACAACUUUCAUCAAACUGUAGCCCCAAUACUGAAGAAACUUUACAUUUAAACCUAUUAAAAAUUAUGAAGUUCAUCACUGUUUUGUUUUUUUGUUUUUUUUCAAAAACUGUAAAACUUCUUAAACCUAUCUCCUCCCACAAUUUUUGCUCAAUUGACACCAAACUUACUACAGAGUAUCUUCAAACUGUCCUACAAAAACUGUUUCUCAGAUUUUUGACUUAUCAAAAAUUGAGCCUACAGUGCAUCAAAAUGUUUGACUGUAAACGGUACUGUAAAAAUAUACAUGCAAAUUCUUGCUAAAUAAAUCUUCAAUGUUCAUGAAAAAAAAAUUACAAAAUUCUAGAGUCAUGGUAGAUGAUGUGUGGCAAAUUUCAGAAUUUUAUCUCAAAAACUGAAUUUUUGACAGCAUUUUGAAUUUUGCUCUAAUGUGAACAGUUGGAGUCAAUGUAAAAAUGGCAACUUUAAACAUCAGUUUUUCACUGAUGGAGCAAAUCAAUCACUGUUACAAACAAUGUCUCCAUGCUGUCUAGAUGCAAUAUGAGUAUUUUCAGAUUUUUGUUUUGAUAACUGAAUUUUUUACAGUGGUUUGAAAUCUGCUUUUCCAUGCAAGGAUGGCUGCUAAACCUGCACGUCUGGCUUAGUCAAUUUGUGAAGCUACACAUGACUUUUCACUGACUAAUUAGUUCAGUGAGAUCCUUAGUCUCAGAGGUUGUGAGUUCAAGCCUCAGCUGAUGCAAAAGGCAGAUUGUGUUGCUAAAAUCCUAAAUGUCUUCCAAUUCUUCUGCUUGUUGCUCAGAAUUGCCUAAAAAUGCCCGCAUUCGACCCAUUGCUGCGCAGCAGCCAUAAUUUGUGAUGUAUUUCUUGCAGUUCACUGAAUGUCUGUAGCAGAUUUUUAGCAGCACAAGCACAACAUGGCCACCGGAGGUCAUGCUUUCCUUCAGUUUACCUAAAGAAGAGUUGAAGUCUAAAACCCCACAAUUUAAAACUGAACUUUUAAAAUUGAAAAUAAAACAUUUGUGUUUCUUUGGUUGGGAAAAUAAAUGCAGUCAAAAUGGUAAUUCUGCCACAAUCUCUCUUCCUUUUCCAACCUAUCCUAGCUUUUAUCCCUCUGUCUUAUUUUAAACAGCAGGACUAGCUCACCACGCCCUUUGUACGAAUCACCAAAACACACCUUAUCAAAGGAUGAGGGUGGUUUUGACCUGCCACACUCUAAAGUUUACUACUGGACGGCUCACUUAAGCAUCGUAUCAUGGUGGGAAAAGGGCCCAGCAGCUGACUCAAGUGGCUGCCCAGUAUGGCAAUCACUAGAGCGUGUUCUUUGCUUCUUGCCCUUCUUAACAGCCCCACCAAAACGUUUGUCUUGAAAGUGUGCAUAAAUGCUCCGUUAACUCUAGACGGUGAUACUAUUUAAAACAGUGCAUUGGCUGUUCUACUCCAAAGACAGAUUGCAUUAGACUUUCCCUGAUGUUUCCCCCCUUUGUAGAAGAUACAAAUAGGCAGAUGGGACAUCAAGACAUUCUCUUUGGACAUGUCAGAAAUUGUUUAUUUACUGGAAAAGUAUACUUGAAUGUUUCUCUAAUGCAUUUGAGGGGAACUGGGAACCUAACCCACUAGCUGCUGUCCUAGGGGCCAGCAGGAAGGAGAACAGCCUUUCCAAUCCUGAUAGGAGAGGAAGGUGGAAUGACAGGAGAUAAAUUAGACACACCUGUGAGCGGGGGAAGGGGGAAAUCCAUCAACAAGCUGCAUGAAGGAGAAUGGAGAGGAGUUAGAGUGGCUCAAGGAGAGGAGAAUCAAAAUUUACUUCAGUUAUGGACAUUCUUUGCUCAAAAACCUUAAACGGAGAAGCAUAAAAUUAAAAGUAGAGUGAGCAUUAGUUAAAUCAAGGAUCGUCUGAGCCACGUAAACGUUCUGGAUAACAAAGCUCCUUGAGGAAGUGUGCUGAUCCCAGAUGAGGUGGAAUGAAAGGACUCUUUAUCUAACUGUGUCACCUGUUUGGAUGUACCGGUGGACUUCUUUGCAGUGUCUGUCUGAUAAGUUCACUUUUACUGCCCUCUCCUAGCUUCUCCCUUACUCACAGUACUUACUUCUGCGUUGAAUUGACGUUGCAACUAGGCGUAGACUCUGCGUCAACAUGGAGCCUUUGCUGUAAGUUGUGGCAACACAGACCUCCUGUCUUUUUUGUAAGCUGAAACUAUUUCCCUCAGUGGAAACGAAGCUUAAUUUCACAGAUAAGAAACAAUAAAUUGUGAAGACAACAAAGCCUCCACAAAAUAGCAUCUUAAGUCCUGUGUGUGAUUUAUCCUGGCUUCAUAUGAGCAGAGGAAAUCUCUGCUAGCUACUAGGCUAAUUCAUACAAUGUAAAAUGCAAUAGACUUGUGCUAAUAAUGCCAGCAUUUUGUAUUUGUUUGGAAAACGUGUUUUGUAUUAGACAGUUGUUUUGUCAGUGAACUUUGUGAGUUGAAAUGGUGCCAAAUUACGUACCAUUACCUUUGUUACAUGUUGCUGUUGUCCCUGGCUUCAUGUGAGUAGAGGAAAUGUCCACUAGUUGUGAGGCUAAUUUAUACAAUGUAAAAUGCCAUAGGCUUGUGCUAAUAACAUUAGCAUGUUGUAUUUAUGGGGAAAAUGUAUUUGUCUGUGAAAGCUGCGAGUUAUAAUGAAGCCAAUUUGUGUACUUAUUAAGCCAUGUUUAAUGUGUGUUUUGGGUGUG